UUUUGGUCGGUUUUUCGUUGUUUUACCUUUCUUGCCAUCGAAGUCUCGAGCUGCAGCAGACCGGCCGGCAGCACAGAGGGGGCUUUCGGCUGCAGCCGCAGUGCCGGCAUCGGUCUGCUGCUGGCUUCUCUCUUCAGAAAAAGCAGCUUGAUGCCCGAUUUUAAGCUCACUUCCUUGCAAGGCAGAGCAGCAGCCUGGGACUGACACGAGACGCACUGUAAAGGAAGAUUCUUCUUUUUAAGUUUCUACUUGCAGAAGUGACUAACACGAACUCCUGCUUGGUUGCACCCUGUGUGCAUUGCAGCAACUUGGAAGGAAUUAUUUUUCCCUUUUGCUUUUUUCUUUGCCUUCUUCCCCCUCUUUUUCUUUUCUUCUUCUUUUAACCUUUGCUCUGUCAGCUCUGUUAUCUCCUGCAAACCUGGCUGACCAUGAACGGCACACACUUUGCCUUUUCAUUUCAGCCUGUGCUGCUUAAUGUCACCGAAGAUGUCAAUGACUCAAUUCUCAACAACAGAAGCAGUGAUGGAUUUUGUGAGCAGGUCUUCAUAAAAGCCGAGGUCUUCUUGGCUUUAGGGAUCAUCAGCCUGCUGGAAAACAUCCUCGUCAUUCUCGCAGUGCUGAAGAAUGGAAACCUACAUUCUCCCAUGUACUUCUUCCUCUGUAGCUUGGCUGUGGCAGAUAUGUUGGUGAGCAUGUCAAACGCCUUGGAGACCAUCAUGAUUGCAAUCCUGAGCAGCGGCUAUUUGAUCAUCGAUGACCACUUCAUCCAGCACAUGGACAAUGUUUUCGACUCAAUGAUAUGCAUUUCUUUGGUAGCGUCAAUUUGCAACCUCUUGGUUAUAGCCAUUGACAGGUACAUCACUAUUUUCUAUGCUCUCCGUUACCACAGUAUCAUGACUGUGAAGAAAGCUUUAACCCUAAUUGUGCUCAUCUGGAUCGCCUGCAUCAUCUGCGGCAUCAUAUUCAUUGCCUACUCAGAAAGCAAAACUGUCAUUGUCUGUCUCAUCACCAUGUUCUUUACCAUGCUCUUCCUCAUGGCCUCCCUUUACGUUCACAUGUUCCUGUUUGCACGCCUGCACAUGAAGCGGAUCGCAGCCCUGCCUGUGGACGGGGUGCCCUCCCAGCGGACCUGCAUGAAGGGCGCCGUCACCAUCACAAUACUGCUGGGUGUCUUCAUUGUUUGCUGGGCGCCUUUCUUCCUUCACCUCAUUCUCAUCAUUUCUUGCCCUAUGAAUUCAUACUGUGUCUGCUACACUUCACACUUCAAUACUUAUCUGGUUCUGAUAAUGUGCAACUCGGUAAUCGAUCCGCUCAUUUACGCCUUCCGGAGCCUGGAGAUGAGAAAGACUUUCAAAGAAAUAGUAUGUUGCUGCUAUGGUGUGAGCGUGGGACAGUGCAUGCUGUGAGCUCCCGGCUUUGUGUGGGAGCAGAGGAAGCAUACAGUAGGUGUAUGAACGUGUAUGUAGAUACAUAGCAGCUUCAUUUUAAGAGAACUUCUUGAAGAAAGGGCACAGGAAAAAAGCUCCUAUUUAAUGCCUUGAUUUAUGCUUUUCAAAAGGAAAGGAUUCAACUAAACAAUUCGAAGCUAUUUAAAUAGCCAUAACAAAGCAAAGUCCAAAGCAGCUUGCAAAAUAGAUGAAACAAAUGUGAAAUGAGGAAAAAAGAAUCCUGAGAGUGAAUGUUACCCUACUGAGAAUGGAAUAAUAUUCUGUCUCUCUCCUCCAUCUGCACCUGUUGCUUUAUCUCUGUGCCUCUAGCAGUGAAGUCAGUGUUUCCCAAAAGAUUCCCUUAAGAACUUCUCUGGAAAGCUAUUCACUCAUAGUCAAAUCAAACCACUGACAGUGACAGCUUUGCUCUGAUGUCUCCACCUUUUAAUAAAGGAACAGGCUGACAUUUGUGCUGCUUGAUAUAAAGCAAAUCAAGAAAAGUCUUAAAAGGAUGAAAGCAAACCAUCCAUCCCCGGCACUGAACUAUUCCUCCUGUAAAGUCAGCUCAGUGAGAAUGAACGACUGUGCGAGCAACAGUGUGAUUUACACAGCUGAUGGGUAGAAGUGAACUCAUUUGAAGAUGCCAGUUACUUUCCUUAUUGUGGGAUAACAGUACUGUAUCCUCUGAAGUUUUUCAAAGAGUGGAUUGCACUGAUUAAUGUAUUUGGUAUGUUGACAAAUCAGGUGUCUCAUUUUGAUAAUUAUUAUCCAGCGAGAUUCAUCCCUUGAGAAUUUCGAAGACCGAGGAUCUGAAGACAGAGCUGAACAUAAUGAAUAGCUAAGAUGCCAAAUCAUUUAACACAAAGCUGCGUUAAAUCUACACAGACUCUUCAGAAACAGCCAUUUGGCUGAGUGAGGUACCUGCUAGCAGGCAGAUGUGGCUCUAUGCACCGAUUACUGUAUGUCCUGGAUCAGACUGGUUUUACUUAGAGAGCUUUAACCUGACAACAGUGGAUGAACACUCCUGCACUGAAAUCAAGAAAGCAACACAUUCUUUGCAGUCAUUUUUAUGUGCAAGUCGGUGGCAUAUAAAGCACGUGACUUCAGCUACAGUAGUUCAGUCUUUUCCUCUGCUUCUUGUAGGAACAAACCACAUGAGAAGCCCUCAAGUAGCAUCUCGUAACCAAGCGAAGGCAGACAUGAGUUGUGUAUAUUACAAUGUAUAGGCUGUAUUGCUGCCAUCACAGUGCCACACUAAAAAACUCUAAGCCAUGGUAAAAAUCUGCUUAGCAGCCUUCUGGUAUCUUGCUUCUAGUAAGGGCAGUCGCCUGAAACCCUCAGGAAAACAAAGUCUAUUGCUUUCGAGCAACUAAAAGCUCUCAUUUGAUUUAAGUCUCUCUCUCAUUUCUUCCUUUCAGUGUAAUUGCUAUGUUAUUAUUUCUGGGGCUCUCACUAUCAGUCCUGUGGUAGACCAGAGCCUCCCAGUCCCUCCUGCCUCCAUUUCUGCACUCACACAUCAUGGCCUGGCUCAGCUCCCAGCUGAAGCGAUUUUACUGCUGGCUCUGGAACACGGCUCUUACUGUCUGUGGGAAAUAUAUGCCUCACUGACUCCAAACACUGGCAUACAAUGUUCCUAUGAAUGUGUUUUAUUCUCAGCAUCCUACAGCAUACAUAGAAGGCAUGUUAGCUUUCUAAUGCUGUGGAGGAUUAGAUCACAUUCACAGAUUCAAGAACCAUCUCUCCCUGUGCUCCAACCCCAUUCCGCUCAUCAGCCAAACCAACCUCACGUUCACCAUUUCCCUUGCACUAUCAUCACACCUGAAGUUCCCUUAUCAAGUUCUCAUCUCCUCCCAUGAACCCAUUCCCUUCCACUUCCCCAACAUUCCCACU